GUGGUGCGGCCGCGAUUCGUUUCGGUUCGUUCUACUAGGAAAACGGCUUUGAUCGUGUUCGGCAAUUCGCGGUUCCUACUGAUCGAUAAUUGCGCCGAAAUCCAGGUUUACAGUGUAAGUGACGUUGUGCUGUGAGUUCGUGAAAAGAGGAGAUUAGUUACCUACACGCGAUCGGAGGAUCUUGCGUGAGCCUUUUUUCUCUAUUCAACAUUGUGCUUUGACCGUAGUACCAUUCAGUAAACGAUGGAAAAUGAACAACCAUUAGCUCCCGUCUCACCACGGUUAUGGAAGUUGGUUGGACGACUAAAACGUGUAAAAAAAUACCGACAGGUAGUAGAAGCUUACGCUAGCAACCUUGAUUACGCAUUGCAUCCGUUGCUAUACCAAUAGGCUAUUAGCGGUUUGCAUACUUGGAAUACAGACCAGAAAACAAACAAACCGCAACCCGACAGGUAGGAACGGCAGAAGCGCGUCCGGUGUGUAACGUAACAAGUGAUAGUAAAAGUGAUUACGCGAUCGUCGCUACGGCGGUCACUACCAAGUUUGCGCCACCAGACCGAGCACUGAAGGCACUACCGUGGGAACCGGUUCCACCGAAAAAAAAGUCUGCGCUUGUCUUGUAACGGCCACGGAUGGGGACCAGCAGCAACAACUCAGCUGAUGUUGGGAAGUGACAGCGACAGCAAAGUGACUCCUGAUCGCGACUGUGUGCGUGUGUGUGUUGUUUGUGUGUUGCAUCGAAGUGCCCAACCAUAUCGGGCGGAAACUGCGCGAUAGUGAGUUAUGACGGAAUCGUUUUCCCGCUGCUGGACCUCCGCAGCUUCGUUGUCGUGUUCGCUUCGGCUGAUAGUGCCAGUGCUGUUGCUUUCUUGUUCGCUGGUGAUAUGCAGUGAUUUGCGAGAUGUAGUAAAUUUUAACCGGCACUACAACGAUGUUGUACAGCGAGACGAUCUGCAAGCAACUAUCAGCCGGCAGCUGCCGAAGCAAGGCAAGUUUUUCGAGGAGUUUGAUCGGAUGAUCCCGCAGACGUGCCGCUACAAGGGCCGUAAGUUCGAGUGUGGCCUGUCGAUCUCAUGCGUGCUGGGCGGGGGCAAACCGAUCGAUCUCUGCUCCGGCGGAAUGAUUUGGUCCUGCUGCAUCGAUCGCGAUCUCCAGCCGGACGCAGAUCCCGAGCAAGGCGCUGUCCACAAUGCCAGCGACAUAAUCAAUCUGUUUGACUUCUAUCCGUCGUCAUCAUCCUCGUCAUCAUCGUCAUCUUCAUCCUCCGCGCCAUAUGCCGCACCGCAAUCCGGUGGCCACCUAAAUCGUCCCCCGCAGACAACUCCAUCGCAAGCGGCACUAUUUUCCAACUCAGCCAGCAACUACAAUUCGAAGCCAUCCUCUUAUCACCAUCUCUAUCCGGUGACCACCAGCACCGUUCCUCCGGAGUGGGGAUACGAGAGCAAUCACUUGGGAAACGGGUUGAACACGCCAUUUGGCGGGCAUCACCAUCGGCCAGCGAAUCAUUUCACCGGAGGAACAUUGCACGCUGAAUCCGAACAUGGCCCAACAGCCAGUGCCAUCUACAGUGACCGACCGUUUAGCUUCGGCUCGAGACCGACCACGGUCGGUUCCGGUGGUAGUUCAAUGGGACAGAGACCGUCUUCGAUCUACAGCUACCAGCCAGGUUCCAACCAGCAAGAAGACGAUGGAUAUGGAAUCGAGAAUGGUUGCGGUGAGCUGUACACAAGAACGAAUCGGAUCGUGGGUGGUCACUCGACGGGCUUCGGAACGCAUCCCUGGCAGGCAGCUCUGAUCAAAACUGGAUUUCUCACGAAGAAACUAAGUUGUGGCGGUGCUCUAAUCUCCAAUCGAUGGGUCGUCACAGCCGCUCACUGCGUUGCAACAACACCAAACAGCAACCUGAAGGUACGACUAGGCGAGUGGGAUGUCCGGGACCAAGACGAACGCCUAAACCACGAAGAGUAUAACAUCGAAAGAAAGGAAGUGCAUCCCAGUUAUUCACCAAGCGAUUUUCGGAACGAUCUUGCUCUGGUUAAAUUAGACCGCAAAGUGGUCUUCCGGCAGCACAUACUUCCAGUUUGCCUACCGCCGAAACAUACAAAACUGGUCGGCAAGAUGGCUACCGUUGCCGGCUGGGGUCGAACCCGGCACGGCCAGAGUACAGUUCCUUCGGUUUUGCAGGAAGUUGACGUCGAAGUAAUACCAAACGAUCGCUGCCAACGCUGGUUUCGCGCUGCAGGCCGGCGGGAAACUAUCCACGAAGUGUUCCUUUGUGCCGGCUAUAAGGAGGGCGGACGCGACAGCUGUCAGGGUGACUCGGGUGGACCGUUAACUCUAACCCUGGAGGGAAGGAAAACAUUGAUCGGACUGGUGUCCUGGGGUAUCGGCUGCGGACGAGAGCAUCUGCCCGGUGUUUAUACCAACAUUCAGAAGUUCGUGCCUUGGAUCGACAAAGUUUUGGGAAAGGAGUUCGCCUAGAGAGUAACGGCCAUUCGACAGCCGCGAGGACGUCGGUGUCAUUACCUGUGUGUAAAUAGUCAACUAAAAAGGAGAUAAAGUACUAUCAAAAAGUUCUACAGUUAAGAUUAGGGUGAUUAGAUUUACGCUGUAGUUUGGAUUUAUCAUUUACUGAGAUGUAAAUUGUUAGGUAAACGCUGUUAUUGAAGCGCAACAUUUCUUUUUGUAUCAUUGAUUUUAGUGUUGAAGAAGGCAUACGAUAGUAUUUCGGUUCACUAGAGCUGCACUCCGAGCGAUAGUAAUUUAUUAGUAACUUAUUUUAUUUAGGUUGCUGGGUCUGGUCUAGUUAGGCUAGACUUGUGCUGACUUUUACCAUUUAUAAAGUUUCUACAUUGAGAAAGUUGAAC